GAAAAUCAAUUGGCCGGAAUUUCUUCCAUUCGGAUGAGCAGAGCCAGCGUGAUGGACACCGCCACGCCAAGCACCCGCGUGGCGAAUACGCCGCCGCAUUUGCGCGAUAUGAGAAACAACGGCCUCGAUCCUGCAGCAUACACGUCAAAGCCAUGCUCGUCCAUUGCGAGCAAGAGAUCGGCCAGCGUCCAGCCGUCGGCGACCGCACUGAAGGAGUUUCGAAAGCGGUGGACAAUCUUAUCGGAAACGGAGCGCAUGCAGUGCUUGCGUGGAACAGGGGCCCGCUUUUUCGCGACCGUCGCUGAACUCGUUCCAUGCCUAGCAUGCAGAAGUGGCGCGGAAAGCCUCUUCCUCCGCGCGACCACGACCCUUCCCCUCCUGUGUGGUUCCCUCAACCCGACCAACAUGAUCAACUCUUGCAUUCAGCUGAAUGAAGAUGGCGCCGUGCUGUUUCACACCGACCAGAGCUUCGUCCUGCAUCCGUCGUAUUUGCAGUCACCGGACGCGACACUCGCGCUUUUUUUAUCGCACGAUUUGUCGCACGUGAUCCAGGCGACAGGGGGAGGCAGCGGGCAUUCCGGGGGAACGUCCAAGCACAGUCACAAGCACCAGCAGAAGCUCCUGCAGCAACUUCAACAGCAGCAGCAGCAGCUAUUGCAGCAGCAACAGCAUCUUCAGCUCCAACAGCAGGCUGCGCUUGCCGCUGUCUCAUCAUCGACUUCUCACCACCAUACGCAUCAUCACCCGAUGAUGCCGCCCAUGCCGCCGCAGCUCCACCAACUGACGAAGCACAACACGACGUUGAAGGUCAAGUCGACAACGUUCAACUACGAAACGACGAUGAAAUUGCAAAUGCACUCGAGCGGGAAUGGCACGGCAGGGACGUCGUCGAUGCUUACUACGACCACGACACACCACCCAGGGGGCGGCACGUCGUCAACUCACCACCACACCCCGGCGGCAUCCACCAUGACAACGAUGCAGGCGGCUGCGAUGCAAAGUGCUCUGAGUCAGGGUGCCGGGCUUGGUUUGCUCGGCGGCAGUGCCGGACCCACGAUAACUCCGAUGCCCCCUGGCGGAUCUGGACUCGACCUCGGAGGUCUCGGGAGUCUCACUCUGGGGCUCGGGCUGUCCAGCUUGAGUCUCGGCCUUGGGAUGAACUUUGCCAAGGCCGGGGGAAGCAACAAGAGGUGUGCGCUUCACUCGGCCAAACUCAAGACGCACCCGCGGCCGUCUGCAUUUACGAGUUUGUGGGACAAAAUGUCGGAGGACUACCAUAUCGACAUUACACAAAUCGAUUCGGACCAGUUUCUGAACGACCUGGAGUGCUAUCUACGGCGGCACCGGUUUUGCUGUCGGUGCAAGGAAAAGGUGCUUGAGGCGUACGACUUGCUCGUUGGGAGCGGGUGCAGCGAAAGCGACUGCGAAGACUGCGCAGGGCUACACUGUUUCUCGGACAAGAGCUCCCAGGACGAUACGGGCAGCGGCGCGAACGACCUGUCGUCGCACGAAGAACACUUGUCGACCACAAGCUCCAACGACGACGACGCAGACCGGUCCGCGUACUUGUUUGACGAGCUCACGUUUUGCCGGGACACGAACCAAAUUGUGCUGCCGUGCAACUUGGAGUACUUGCUGCAAUUGAUGGACCGCGCCGAUCAGGAAGUUGUGAUGGACCGGCAUGCGCGGACCCUGGCCGAGGCGCAAGAUGAAGUGCUCACGUGUUUGGGGCUCGUCGUCUGGGAUAAACUUCAGAUGAUGUGGUCCAAGAUCCAGUGCGAGGAGCGGUCGGCAGAGCUGCUCUUGUACUGCUCGAUUGCGACGAUCAAGUACAACUUUGACGUGGCCGUCGAGGCAUUGCAUGGAGAAGAGAUCAUGGAGCAGUUGCUCGCGGAGGAAGCCGAGGACGAGAAGCGGACGGUGCGCAAGAAAGAAAAGCGAAAGGAAAAGAAAAAGAAAAAGAAGAAUCAAGCCAAGUCCAAGGUGCCCGCCGAGGAAGAUGAAAGCGAUGAGCUGCACAUUUCUGAAAAGGAGCGCCAGCUGCUGUCGUCCAUGGGGUGGGAGCACGACCCCGUCGAUGGUGACGACAGCGAAGACAACGCGAUUCCCGAAGACGACCUCGUGUACUGGAAAAAGAACUCGCAUAACUUGGAGUCCAAGCGCCUCGAACAGCGACAGAGGUUGCAGGAAAAGUUCCAAGCGCUCCUGCGGCGCAAUACUCCCUAGGUCCGCAUCACGUCCGACAGGUUCCGCCUUUUCGUGACAACGGUCCAGUAAUACAUGUGACCUCUUUGCCCUUCCCGCGUUGGAUGCGUCCAUGUUUCCUUACGCGAACCUGUCAACCAAAGUUGGAUGGAAUUCGGGCAAUUCACGAUGGACAGUUCACGCUCGGCUCGCG